UAUCAUUUAUUCAAAAUGUUUUAUAUUAAAGCUCCUACAGGACAAAUAUCAUUUCAUAUUUUAGAAAAGUGCAUUUUAGAUAGGUUAGAAUAUUUACAAUUAUUAUACGAAAAUAAAAGUCACGAAUUUAAUGGUGAUUUUGAAUAUUUAUUAGAAAAUUCAGCAUAUGACAAAAUCGGACACUUUAUAUUACGUCUGUUUUUAAAAUAUGGUGGAAUGCAGUUAGAAGAUGCUAUAAAUUAUUGGAAAGAAGAAUAUUCCAAACCUCAUACCUGUUCUUCUACUUGUUCACAUAAUUGGCAAAUGAACGAACGAAAAUUUAUAUACAGUAUUCGACACUUUUAUGGUUUAGAAGGAUCCAAAAAAAAUUAUAAAUCACCUUCUUGUAAAAUGAUGUGUACGAGUGCAUCAAGUCCCAUAUAUGAAGGAGGAUGUCCAUUUAAAAAUUUUGAUAUAAAUAUAUUAAAAAAUCUCUUAUGUUUAUCAUUAUCAAAUGAUUACAUAACAAAAGUAUUAAACACUAUAUCUUCUCAAAAUCCUCAAACUGCUUGCGCUGAAUUUUUUAAAAUAUUAAAUCAAAAAAAAAAAAUAAUAUUAUUAUUAGUAGUCUUCUACAAUAUUAUUUCAAGAUGAUAAAUCAAAUUUAAAUAUAUAAAACAUUAAUAGAGCCAACUAUUUUUAAUAUUUAUUUUUCUUAAAUCUAAUGCAAUAUAAGUUAAAAAUAAAAUUUUAUUUUCUAUAGAUUUAAUUAAAAAGUUACAAAUA